GAGACGCUCCUCAGUACUGCAUCAGUGCUGGCGGUGACAGCGGGGGCGGACGAGGCGGCGGAGACGGGGAGACAAGAGCCGAGACAAUAGUGGAGACACAGACUGAGAUAACUUUGGAGGAAAUAACUGAGACAACAACGGAGACAAUAACCAAGACAGCAGCGGAGACAGCUACUUAGGCAAUAUCAGCGACAAGAGCACGCACAUUGUGUGCAUAUCACGAGUCUGGACAGGCGAAAAGAGACUAAAACCUGUGCAAGAAAGAAGGCUAGUCAAGCUUGUAAAGCCAGCCGUGGUGUCCCAGUGAACGUGAUAAGACGCGAAGGUCGGCCGCACCGGGCAGCCUUGAUCUUGAACUUAGCGAGAUGCCGUCGACAUUGCGUCCGAUGCGGCGUCACCACCUGGCCAAACUGGUGGUGACGCUGGCUCUGAUGCUCACACCACCAGUCUCUGGCCGGCCCCAGGACGGUGACGUGGUGGUGCUGGAGGCCCUGCCGUUCGCCCUGCCGCCCUCCCCUCUGGAGGCCCCGGCGGCCGGUACUACACUGGGGACGACAGCGCAGGACCCUGAGGGACCCCGGCUCAGGUCCAGUCAGGGGCCCGAGGGGUUCGCCUACGAGAGCAGCCAUCCCGUCUUGGACGCCUACGGAGCGCUCACCACAGCGACCCAGUACCACGCCCAGGACGGCCUCGGCAGGUACCGGUACAGCUACCGACAGCCCGGCUCGACGCGAGAGGAGUACGUGGACGAAAACGGCCGCAUCCAGGGCAGCUACUCGUACGAGAUGCCGAACGACGAAAAAGUAUCAUUGACUUACUACGCUGACGACACUGGCUUCCACGUGAAGCGCGCCGUGCUGCCAAAUUUGGCAGCGCAGGCGCCGCGCGACGAACCCGAGGUGGCGGCGAUCAAGGCGGCGCACACGCGAUUGUGGCGCAGGAUGUGGGCACGUGCCGCUGCCGCCUCGGUCGGCGCGCCCUACGACCCACUCGAGCUGGAGGCGGAGGUGUUCGAACCGGCUGCCUCUGGCUCUCUCGAGUCGGACAUCAUCUCAUCCGAUCCCAGCGACGAUCAGCUGACUGAGGAGGUCAUCGGCGCUGACCCGACCCCGGGUCAGGCCGCGCUCCCGGCCGACCCGGCGCCGGUCCAGGAGGACGAGGAGGAGGUGGUGGUACCCAUCUUCCCCGGAGGGCCUGACGCGCCUUCAGUGCCCGUCUCCAGCGCACCGAAACCCCUCACUUCGGGAGCGGCCGGUCUGAGUAUACCCGACUCAGAAACCGUGGUGGUUACCGCAGCCAGAGAUGGAGACUUUGAGGACUUCAGCGCCCCUGGCGGCGACCAGUCGCAACAGCAGUUCACCAAUCUCCCACUGCAGCGAGUGGGGGCGCUGCGGCUGCGCGGUGCCUUCCCCCCGCCGUCAAAUCUCUCUCCAUUCGUAGCGGCAGCUUCUGAGCCUUCCCCGACACGAGUCGACCUCCGCACCUCCGACCCGACCGCUCCCGAAACCCUCCCCUCCCCCUGGCUGACCCGGGUCGGGGGCGCGCUCCCCGCCCCUGCCGUUCGGGUCUCAGACGAAGCGGCUCGCGCGGGUCUUCUACCAGUCGCCGAGCGUCACAGUCUGGCGCAGGUGCGCCCCUCGCAGCGCCGCCCGCAGGAUGAGGUAGUGCCUGUACUGGAUGACCCUGUGCUGUAUGAGUAUUCGAGCCUUCUUUAUGCUGCCAGACAGCAGGCUGCGCCGCCGCGGAUUGUAGUCGUGUAAGAUGAUUUGAUAUGGGUUGGACUUGGAAACUGUGCUUUUAGGCUCAAUCUGGGACUGGAUUUGAUUUCAUCUAACCUGAUGAGACAAGUGGACACUCUAAAGUUUAUCUGAGUGCCACUUAUUGCUGUAACUGACCUGUUUUAAAUUCACUAACCAUAUGAAGCAAUUUGACUGCACUGGAUCUGACCCUCACCCAACCUGACCUGACGUGACCUGACUAUAUGAUGUCUUAUUGGCAUCAAAACACUUAACCCGCGCCCCGUAGGGCUACCGGCAGACCCUACCACCCGUAGGGGGGGGGGGGCCGUUUCGGCCCCCCCCUAAGAUCUCGGAAAGUUACCGGCCGAUUUUCAAAAUUCAAACGGCGUUCGAUAGCCCCACCCGGGAACUACCUUAUGACCAAAUUUCAUUGACCUAGGUCAAACCGAUGACGUCACAGGUCAGGUCAAAGGUCAGAUUUUCACCGUUCACAGGCAAUUCAAGAAAUGUGCUGUGAAAGCGAGUAAAUUGGUAAUUUAUUGAAAACCAUCGAUGGUACAUUGUUCGUCAAACACAUACUUUGCUAUCUGAGGUCACUGAUACCAGGUCAGGUCACAGCGAGGUCAGGUCACCGGGGGUCACAAUAUGAAUGUGUCGUGUGAUACAUGUUUUAUGGUCCAUUUUACAUGACAAAUGCGAUUAUGUGGGUUAGGCAGCCUUUGGGGCCAGCCUAGGUCACGUUUUGGUGAAGGUCAGGUCAAGGUCAGGUCAAAUUAGGUCAAAUUUCAAAGUUGAUAUUUUUGCAUAAAAUGGGCAUCGAUUCGAUGCAGCUCGUCACGGGGAGUCUAAUGGUGGUCUUCGUUUUGCUCUACGAGUUCUAGAAUUGCCAAAAAUUGAGUUUGAAAAUUUGACGUCAUCAUUUUUGAACAGUUUUUUCGCUAUAACUUGGCCAAAAAACGAGGUAUCGAGCUGAAAUUUGGUAUGUAGAUAGAAGACGGUAGGCACUAUCACAUAUAUUCCGGUUUUUUUUCGAAACUCAAAAAACUUUUUGGAUUUUUUGGCGAAUAUAUCCAAAAAAAUGCUUUUUUGAUUUUUGGGGGCCAAAACCCAAAAAAUUCAAAAAUUCGAGAUAGCAGUUUUGUAGCCCUGUCAAUUCUACACCUUUUAUAUCUUGAUCAUUUUUCUGUAUCUUCAAAGCUGUAGUCCUGACAGGUCUUCUCGCGAAGGUCUUUUUUCGGUCGAAAAUGACAGAACAUGACGUCACUCUGACGUCAUUUGUGGCCAACCUAUCAUAGCCUCUGGAAAAAUUUUUGGUCACAAUGUGUAAAAUUGAUGCCCGGAGGGGUCCUGAAAGUUUGGUGGCGAUAUCUCCAGCCGUUUAGGAGAUAUCGACCGAAAAGGACAGGGGGGGGGGCCGUUUCGGCCCCCCCCUACGGGGCGCGGGUUAAGUAGACUUUGUUUGCGCAUCUGACACUGGAAGAGCUCGGUUUGAUAUUAUGCAUUAUUGAAAUGCAAGUGCAUUCACCUUUAGAUGCCAACUUUUUGUCCUCUGCACGCUAGCUGUCUACUUGUGUGUGACAAGACACAUUUUCAAUGUUCGACAGGCUUAGGGACUUCACACUUCUGUCAACAGUUUUAGGUGUUGAAUCGUUGUAGAAUACGCCAAGGGCACGGAAAAUCAUGAAAAAGAUGGUAGCAUUGACAGGAUACACAUGCAAGUUCUUUCGGUGAUACAAGGGCAUUUUGUCAUUAGAGACGUGCUGGCACGCUAUGAUUAGCUUGGAACUGGCAUUACUGAUAUCACCUGUGGCAUUUCUCAUUUCGUGUGACACGAAGCAAUAAAGAGGCGAUUGUCUUUC